GUCACAAAAAAAAUCCGGGGGUGAAGUCUCCCGUAAUUUUUAUCUAUAUUCCCGUCAUACUUUAUUAUUAUUAUUAUUAUACAAAAAGGACAAUCUUUUUAUUUUGUUUUGCUCUAAUUCUAUCACAAGAUGCAUCGUAUACUUGUUAAUCGAUUAGUGAAUGCUACAAAGACAUCUACUAUAAAGUUAGGGUUUCAUACUUCAACAAGUAAUUCAGCCAUAACACGUUUCAAUUUACCUGCCAUGAGUCCUACCAUGACAGAAGGAACUAUUCAUAGAUGGGUAGUAAAAGAAGGGGAUUCAUUUUCUGCUGGUGAUGUUCUUUUAGAACUUGAAACAGAUAAAGCACAAAUUGAUGUUGAAGCAGCUGAGGAUGGUGUAUUGGCAAAGAUUAUCCUUCCUGAAGGUAAAAAGAGUCCUGUUAAUACAUUAAUCGCUCUUUUAGCUGAAGAAGGAGAUGAUAUUUCUAAUGUUGAAAUCCCUGCUGAUAAAGGAGAAGAAAAGGCUUCCCCUGUUGAAGAAAAGGAAAAAGCAACAGAAUCUACUACUGCUAAUAAAGCUGUUGUUUCACCUAUUUCUCAUCAUGAUAUUGACACAAGCAAAUUAAAGAAACCUUUAUCACCAGCCGUAUUAAGUUUGGUAACAAAGUAUGGUAUUAAAGAUGUUAGUCUUAUUGAACCUUCAGGAUAUGGAGGCCGUAUCUUAAAAGGUGAUGUUCUGGCCUAUCUUGGUUUAAUUAAACCUAAACCUGCUCCUAAGCCUACUUUGACAGCAGCACCCCCUAGAGAUCAAAUCAUAUUUGCAAAGCCAAAGGUUAAAGAAGAAGAAAAAGAAAUUAAAAAAGAAGCUCCUCCUACUUUUAUUAGUAAAAAAAUAACAGUUGAUCCUCUUUUCAAUUUACGCCAAUCUUUAAAUGAGCAACAUGGAACUUGUGUUAGUGUUAAUGAUUUCAUCGCUAAAGCAGCUGAACGCGCUUUACAAGACGUGACUACGCGUUCAUCUUUUGAUAAUAAUAAGAAGAAGAAUAUUAUUUACAAUAAUGUUAAAUCAUUCUCAGAAACAAAAUACAAUGGUGGUACUUUCAAGAUAUUUAAUCUAGCUGAUCCUGUUUAUGAUUUUAUCUCGGAUUCUUAUACAAAUGCAAAGCCAUAUAUUAUGCAAGUAGGAGGUAGUAAACGAUAUUCAAUGCAACAAGCAAAAAAAUCAGAAAAUCAAGAAAUGCUUGACUUGAUUGAUUAUCUUGGUGAUGAAAAAACUAGCGUCACUAAAUAUAAUCAUAUUCGACUUUCAACUCAACAAACACCUAAAAUUAAUUUCUUAAAUGAACCAAAGAAGCAGAAUCGAUAUGAAAUUGAAGUAAAACUUGAUGGAGGAAUUCCAAAUGAUCCAAAAGCAAAUGCUUUCCUUGAUCGAGUCGAAUAUUAUAUUAGAAAUCCUAAUGAAUUAGUUGUAUAAUAAUAAAUUAAGCAUUCUUACUAUUUACACGAGAUAGAAAGAAAGAAAAAAAAAAGAGAUAAUGGAAAAAAGAAACCAUCUCAUUUAACGUAGCUCUUUCUCUCCUCCUCCUCCUCCCCCCAAAAAAAAA